AUGACUUCAACUUGUAUUCGAAGUUCAUUUGAUAGCUCUUUUAUGACUCCGCCCGGAACAUCGGAUGGAUCUUCAGCUGAAUCGACUUUUUGGAAUAAUGAUUCGGAUUCGACGUCGAAAUAUAUUUGUCUGGAUAUGGAUGCGAUUACACCAGAGAGUGGGUUUUUUGUAGUUUUGUGAUUUUGUUGUGAAAAAAUUGGUGGGGUUUAAACCUGGGAUCUUUAACUUAGACAUGGACCGGCUGAGCUAGCUAGGAAAGCAAUUUUGCAAGUUACAGACAGUAAACCUGGAACAUUUCAGCAAUUAUUCUAAAGGCCAUCCGAUUGAGCUACUUUGAAAAACUUUGAAAAAUUAAACUGGGAUCAGAAAUUGAACCUAGGACCUCCUGAUCUGUAAGUUAUCCCGAGCUUUAACCGCACACCCACGCACUAACCAACUGAGCUAUUCCAAAUUCUCAUCUGAAAACAUAGUCAGAAAAUCGGAUUUACCUCUACUUUCGGAUUUAUUUUCGGCGCGAAAAUCCGGUGGAUUGUAGGUUUAACCAAAAUAGAGUAAAGAAGUUCGCAUGUGUUUUUUUUUCAAAUCUAAAAUAGAACAUUUUUGACGCCAAAAUUCAUACUACUUUAAUUUUUUUGAAAAAUGACAAUUUGAAAAUCUUGUUGAAAAAAAUCUGAAAUCCCUUCACAAAAUUUAUUUUUCCUAUAUAAUCGCCUUAUCAAAUUUCCGGUCUCCUCGAAAAUUUUUCCAGAAAAAAAUUCUUCCAAGAAAAAAACAUACUGUAGUAUAAAUACUAAUAUUUGCCCGAAAAAAACUUUUAACCCGAAAAUAGACUUGUCAAGUCAGGUGCAAAAAAGAACAAUUCAUCAAAGAGCCAAUAAUUGAGGGGUUCACAACCUAAUUUAGCCUAACUCCAGGCAAAAAAAAAACCCAGAAAAAAUAAAGAGAAAUAUAUUUUCAGAGACACCGAUGUCAAUUUGUGCUGGAUGUCGGCUGGAAAUUUGUGAUCGAUAUAUUUUGAAGGUCAAUCCGAAUCUGGAAUUUCACGCGCAUUGUUUGAAGGUAGGUUACGAUGCUCCGCGAUUACGCAGGGUCUAAGUUUUCAAUUGAAAAUUGCAACCUAAGAUUAAGCAAACUACGAUGCUCCGCGAUUACGCCACGUCGUUUCCUUCUCUUUUCACCCAACUUUUUCAUCCGAAAAUCCUGUUCAUUAUUAAAAUGAAUCCCCCCGCCUCAUUUUUCCACAUGACUAAGCUUUUUGUUUCAUUUUUCUUUUUUCUCCUACCAUAGUAAAAAGUCAGGGGUAAAAGUGCGAAAAUUUGGUGAAUAAUUCAUUUUGAUACACCAAAUGAACCUGAAUUUUUAUGUGUGAGCAAAAAUGGAAACAAAAAAGGGGGAUUCUCAGUGGAGCGCACUUGUGCAAUUUUUUUCGAAAAAAUAAAACAACAAAAAGUGUUGACCCGGAAGGUGUCGAAUUUCGCGCACACAACAAUAAAAAAUUGAGCAAGCAACAAAUUUGUGCUCUCACGAAAUCACACCAAAUAAAAACGGGGAGAAGUUGCGUGAGCCACACAUCUGCCCCCUGGUUGGGACGACCUGGAAAAUUGAGAAGAGAUAGGAAAGGUUCCCUGGAGAAGGGUCUGGAAAAUGAAUUUCAGAUUUUAUUGACCUUCUUGGCUCUUGAAAAUCAAUUUUGAAAUGUAGAUACAAAUUUACAGCCAGGUUGAAUUCCCCCUGAAAAUCUUUAAAACAAUAAGUCUCCAACUCCUUCAAAAACCCAAAAAUGAUUUUUUUUUGCAGUGUUUCGAGUGUGGUUGUCAAUUGGACGAAAAUCAAACAGCAUUCAUCAAAAAUGGUCAAACAUAUUGUCGAAAUGAUUAUAUGAGGUAACUAAUUAUUUAAUUUCUUUUUAUUUUUCACGACCUUGCUGCUCAUCUUAAAGGGACAGGUGCUCCUUCUCUCAAAUUAUAUAGAUAGAUAGAUAUACCGUAUUCCCCGAGGUUAGUUAGCCUAUGUUGACUCAAUGAAAUGUGUCGAUUGAAGAAAAGGGGAGGAAUGAAGAAGUAAAAUAUUAUGACAAUAGAGAGUAUUAUAAUAUGAGCAAUCAUAAUAUUAUUAUUAUUAUUAUAAUACUAUGUUUUGAAUACAAUAGGGAUAAUGGGCAACGAAAUUUCGGAAAACUUUUUAGAUAAUAGAGAGCAGGUGCGGGAACACAGAAUUAUUUAUUUAUUUAUUUAUUUGAGAUGAGAAGGUGGAAGGUCAUUUUUGAGUUGGGGAUGAGAAUUUAGAACAUUUACCUUUGAAGAAAAUAGGAUAGGUUCAGUGUUGGAUUUGAGAUUCGGAGUUUUUUGAGAAUUGGAAUUUUUCAGGCUAGGCUUAUUUUUUAAUUGGGCCUUUUUACAGUCUGAAAACUAACAGUACCCUAUAGACCUAACCAAAAUUUUUUUUGAACUCCUGAUGUAAAGCCUACAGUACUCCUAGACAUUUUCCUCCAAACUACAUACAAUAAUCCUUACAUUUUUUUCUCAAAUUUUCAACGUUUCAAAUUUUUUAUUAAGAUUUCAAAAAAUUUUCAAGGUUUGGUAUUUUGAGUUUUUCUUUGUGAAUCUUAAUAAUGUUGCUAAAGUGUUGUAACUUAAAAAAAAUUCCAAAACUUUGCGCCAAACCCUACCGUACCUCUGAUUUUACCACCUCUCCCAUCUUUUCACCCGGCUCUAGAUAUUUAUUCAAAAGAGAGAGCAUUGCUCAUCUAAUUAGCGGCCGCUUUCACAUUUCUCCCGCUAAUAAAAGGCUGUGCAGCGCGCAAUGACCGGAAGAAGUUGGCGCAUAUACAUUUCCGGACCAUCCUAGUUAAAGUUAGUUACGUAACUCCUUCCAUUUUGCAGGUUAUUUCAAACGCGAUGCGCUCGUUGCGCCGGAUGUUUCGACAAAAGCGAUUUGGUGAUGCGAGCCGCCUCCUACACAUUUCACAUGCCAUGUUUUUGUUGCGUGGCUUGCGAGAAACGGCUGCAAACUGGAGAAGAGUUUCGAAUUCGCAAUGGAAGAUUAUACUGUCGAGCAGAUUGUGAAUGCGGAAAUCUUCCGGAUACUUCUGGAGGAUCAAGCGAUUUUAAGAUGUUGUUGACUUCAACUUCAAAUAAUAAUAAUUCUUUUGAUGAUGAUAGUUGGGAAGAUCGAUCUACUUUAACAUCAUUGGAUAAUCAUAGCCCACCUCUGUAAGUUUUUUUUGUGGAAAGGGCUUUAUUUUCAAAAAUCUAUUUUUUCCCUCCCAAUCAGAAAACUUCAUCCUUUUGAUGUCACCGCAUUUCAGCUGCCAACCAGGUGCGUUUACCCACUAGAUUACCGUAAUACAAAAAAGGUAUUGGGUAAACAAAUAUUGGAAGGAUGUCAAGUGGUUAUUUUAGAGCCUUUUCCAUGAUUUUUUGAAAAGCUCAUCAUAAAAAAAAUAUUUGAAACUUCUAUCAAAAAAUGUAUAGUUCUAUAGAGCGUAUUUGCAAUCUUCAUAAAAUAAGAAGAUCUUGAAAAUUGAACUUUGAAAAUUCUGUUUGAAAAUCACGUGUUCAAUAGGGCGAGGUUGCAUUUUUUAAAACUUUUUUUUUCCAGAUCUCCCAAAUCCGAAUGCGGUUUCCAACUUCAAAGUUCUUCACAUCACAAUCAAAUUUCUGGCUCCUCAUCAAACACAUCAACUGGAAAAAAGAAGAAAGACAAACAAACGACGCGAGUUCGAACGGUUUUGAAUGAAACACAGCUGAAAAUUCUGAAAGAGUGCUAUUCGGUGAAUUCAAGACCUGAUGCAUUAUUAAAAGAGAGAUUGGUUGAAAUGACUGGUGAGUUUGAGUUGAAAAUUGGGAAAAUUUGAGGAUUUUUGAUAGCAAAAAUGUCGGGGUUGGAGGAGAUCAAAUAUUAGUUACAGUAUCUUCAGUUACUGUAGUUUUUUGGCACCGUUUGUUAUUAGUGAUCCAAAACAUAUAAUAUUUACUAUCAAAAUACUCCAAAUUUCACGCAGGUUCCAAAAAAACUCCAAAUAUUCCAGGUUUGAAUGCUCGCGUCAUCCGCGUUUGGUUUCAAAACAAACGUUGCAAAGACAAAAAACGCCAACAACAAAUGCACGAAACCCGAAUCAAUUCUGAACGAGUAUGUUAUCCUGUGUGGUGAAACACUAAAAUGUUGUGUUGUAAAUUUAUAUAUUCGUGUUUGUAUUGUAUUGUGUUUUUCUAGAUCUAAUAAUACUAAAUUCAAAUUAAAUGUGCUUAAAAUUCCAGAAAAUGCGAUUUUUAACCGAUUCGUAAUUAGACUAAAGUUUGUAUAUGGACCUUAAAACUCUCUGCGUCUAUACCUAUCUGUCUGUCUAACCUCUCGCUAACUCUCUGCGUCUCUAGCACUCUCUCUCUCUCUCUCUCUCUCCGUGUUUUUUUCUGUGAAAAAUUGAUUUCUUCCCCAUUUAUUUAGGCUAACUCAAUUUUUUUCUCUCCCUAAGCCCAGCUAAAAAAUACCGUAGUCUAAAAGUAAUUAGUUUAGACACGCUUUGCUUGUUUUUUUUUUGAAGAUGAAGAAAACAUCAUCAUCUGUCCUUGUGCACAUUUUUGGCGCGCAAAAAAGCCGCCAAAAUGGGAUUUUUAUUAGGAGCAAGAGAUGGGGUUAAUUGGGUGUUUUUUUUUGGUGCAAAAAAAUUGGAUCAGGAUUUUUGAGGAAGGAAGAAAUGAAGGGAUUUUUCGGCGCUAAAAUUUACAGUCAAAUUUCCCUUGGUUACUGUAGAUUUUCUAGUGACAAAAUGUCUAAAGACUGACUUUUCCAACUCAUCUUUUAUUUUGAUUUUUUAUUAUUAUUAUUCAAAACAAAAACAAAAUAAGUAUCUAUUUUUGUUCUCAAGUGCUCCUGCAGCUCCUCUAUUUUCAUGAAAACAAUACAUACUCACAAAUUCUGAAGAGCCUCCACACAUAUGGCUCUUCGCUCUUCGCUGUUCCCUUUUUUCCUGUGAUUUUUGUGCUCAAAUUACCCUCAAUUUCAUUUAGUAUUUUCACCACCACCUUUUUUUCUGGGGACCUAACUAAUAUGAGUAAUCCGUUGGAAUUACUCAUAUUAGCUCAUAUUUGACAGUGUGUGCUUGUUAAAAGGGUGCUAAAUGAACAAAUAAUGGGGUCAGAUGGGAUUACUGUAGAUAUGGAUGAGCCUACGAAAAUUGAGAUGAAGAAAAAAUGGAAAAGGAUGAGCUGCGGUUGAAAUUUGAGAUGGGUUACGGUAAUAAUCUGGAUCACCUGGGGUUGGGUGAUUUUCUCUGGAUUCUUCUAGAUCACAUGGACGAAAUUAGGGACAUAGUUUUAGCCUAAAGUCUUGGUUAAGCCUAACAUAAGCCUAACCUUAAAACCUAAAAUCCUAACUUUUUGUCAAGUCUACGCUUGUCUCAAAAACUACCGUACCUUCUCAAAACUACAUAAUUAAUUAAUUAAUUAAUUAAUUAGACCGUAAUCCGAUAUUUGAUAUAUAUUUAGCCGCCAAAAAACUAAUUAUUAUACUCUCUUUUUGUUUUCUUUUCAAAAACAAAACAAUAACAAACACACACAGAAAAUACCGUAUUCUCAUAUUUUUGCAACUAAUUAACGAAUUACACGAUGUGUCUUCUUCUCUUUUUAUGUUGUGCGCGAAAAAAAGCGCGCUAAUUAGAUCAAAAACACCCCCUCCCUUCGCCAUCGCCUCAAAUUAUACAAUAUUUGUUCAGUGACCAUGCAAAAAAAGUGAAUUAAAAGGGGCUGGGAGAGGAGUACUGUAGGAGGAGAAAAGUUGCGAAAAUUUAUUUGUAGAUUUUUCUUUUCUCAAUAAUUAUUACCUAUAUUUUUCUACAGGUUUUCAAGUAUUGACAUUUCUAGUACAGUAAUCUAGGAGGAAAAAUUUGGGAACAAAUUUUUGGGGUUACGGUAAUUUAGACACUGCAGUAAUUCAGGAAAAAAUUGUCGACAAGAAUUUUGAAACUAUUUUUGGCACGAAUUAUUGGGCUACAGUAAUCAUAAUAUUUCAAGAGAAAAAAUGGGAUCCUCAGAAGUUUUGAAAACUGUUGUGGUACAAUUUUUUGGAAUACAGUAAUCAAGAGGGAUUACCAUACAUAAUCCAUAUAUUCAAAAAUUAUUACACAAUCUCUAAAAAAACUUUUUUUUUGUCACCCACUCAACAAAAAAAUUGACUCAUAGAUAGAGUUUUUGUUGUUUGUUCUUACAAUAUAUGUAACUUUUUUUUGGGCACAAGUUGUGUUGUGUUUGUUUUUGACUUAAAGUAAAUUGAGUGGAAGAAAUAAGAAAAAUUAUUUGAUUGGGGAAAGUUAUUUCUGUCUACAGUAAUCUUUUGAUCUACAGAAAUUCUGUGGAUUACAGUAAUCAAGAUUUGCCACGUGGUUUUUUGUGACUAAUAAAAUCCGACCUCUUAAAAUCCUCAUAUUUCUAUUUGCAGGAAGAAGUUCUGAACCGUGUUCGAGUGAGUGGAGUCGGCCCUUUAAUGGUCUCAGCUCCAAGUCAACAUAUCGAUAACACACUGGGUGGUCCAAUUGAUAUUACACAUUACACGCAAUGGGGUUCCGCUAACCCAGUUGCUCCAAAUAAUGAGCCAACAUCAGCAAAUCCUGUUGUUGAGUUUCCACCUAAUCCUAUGGUAAAUACUACUAAUUAGUUAAUUAAUUAUGUAAUUUAUUUAUUUUUUUUGCAGAUCUUCCCUUAUGCACCGAACAAUGAGGAUUUGUUUCCACCGGUGGAUUAG